CUUUGUGGGAUUUUAGAGAAUCCCAUUGGACUCUAUCCCAAAAGAUGGCCAGUCGUACCGGAGUUCCUCCGGAACAAGAAGAGUUGCAAUAUGAUGUUAGUGACUCCCGGUACGGUAGUGUAAUAUGCUAUAACCAAACUGUUGCGGCUGUGAUCGGAGAUCAUAAUGGAUGGGAAAGUGGAAGCUCUCUUGCAGCCGUGCUUCCUUUCUUUGUAACGCAACUGUUUGUUGCCAAUUUUAGCUACCGUGUUAUCUACUAUUUGAUUCGACCGCUACGUCUUCCUCCUUUUGUCGCUCAAAUCCUUUGCGGAUUACUGUUCAGCCCGACUGUGCUCGGCAGACACGAACUUGUCCUCACACAUUUGUUCCCAUUUAGAUUCACAAUGGUCCUCGAGACAUUCGCAAACUUAGCUCUCGUCUACAACAUUUUCCUCCUCGGUCUCGGUAUGGACUUGAGGAUGAUAAAACUCAAAGAAGUCAAACCACUGGUCAUAGCUAUCGUUGGCCUCCUCGUGGCUUUAGCAGCCGGUGCUGGUUUAUAUUACAUUCCCGGUAACGGAGACUCCGACAAGAUCCUCGCAGGUUGUCUCUUCUGGUCGGUUGCGUUUGGCUGCACCAAUUUCCCCGAUCUUGCCAAGAUUCUUGCGGAUCUCAAGCUCUUGCGUUCGGAUAUGGGACGCACCGCGAUGUGUGCAGCCAUUAUUACUGAUUUGUGCACUUGGGUUCUCCUCGUUAUAGGCAUUGCAACUUUUACCAAACAAGGUAUAUAUAACCAAAUGAUGCCAUACGCAAUAGUAUCAACCAUCGCAUUCGUGUUUUUCUGCAUCUACGUGAUGCGUCCUGGAAUCGCUUGGGCCUUUGCAAACACUGUCAAAGGAGGAAACGUAGGAGACACUCACGUAUGGUUCACUCUAGCAGGAGUCCUUCUAUGCAGCUUGAUCACCGACACAUUUGGAGUCCACUCAAUCACAGGAGCUUUCUUGUUCGGCCUCUCGAUCCCUCACGACCACAUCAUUCGAAACAUGAUCGAAGAGAAGCUCCACGAUUUCCUCUCGGGGAUAUUGAUGCCUCUUUUCUACAUCAUCUGCGGUUUAAGAAUCGAUCUUAAUUACAUGUUUAAGUACACGAGCGUUGGAAUGAUGGUGUUUGUGAUUUCUUCUUCUUUUAUGGUGAAGAUUUUGUCCACUGUUGUUUGCUCCUUCUUCUUGCGUAUCCCUUUGCGUGAUGCUUUAGCUAUUGGUGCGCUUAUGAACACCAAAGGAACUAUGGCUUUAGUCACACUCAAUGCAGGACGAGACACCAGGGCAUUGGACGUAAUAAUGUACACUCAUAUGACGUUAAUGUUCCUAGCGAUGUCAAUAGUGGUGCAGCCACUUUUAACCGUUGCAUACAAACCAAAGAAGAAAGCGGUUUUCUAUAAAUACCGAACCGUUCAAAAACUCAAAGGAGAAGUAGAGCUUCGUGUAUUAACCUGCGUCCAUGUACUCCCUAACGUCUCCGGCAUAACCAGUCUAUUACAACUCUCUAACCCGACAAAGCAAUCUCCUCUCAACGUCUUCGCAAUCCACCUAGUCGAACUAACCGGUCGCACCACAGCUUCCAUGCUCAUAAUGAACGACGAGGCCAAACCAAAAGCUAACUUCUCGGACCGAGUCAGAGCAGAAUCCGAACAGAUAGCUGAGAUGUUCGAAGGUAUGGAAGUGAACAACAACGCGAUGAUGGUCCAAACCAUCACUGCUGUUUCACCUUACGCGACCAUGCAUGAAGAUAUUUGUACGUUGGCUGAGGACAAACGAGUCAGCUUAGUUUUAUUGCCAUACCAUAAGAACUUGACGUCGGAUGGUCGGUUAGGAGAAGGAAACGAUGCGCAUGCAGAAAUCAACCGAAACGUUUUGAGCCACGCGCCAUGUUCGGUAGGGAUUUUGGUCGACCGUGGCAUGACCAUUGUCCGGUCUGAAUCAUCUUCGUUCCAAGGGGAAACCAGUAAGAAAGAAGUAGCAAUGUUGUUCGUUGGAGGUAGAGACGAUAGAGAGGCUUUGGCUUAUGCAUGGAGGAUGGUUGGACAAGAAAUGAUUAAACUCACGGUUGUGAGAUUUGUCGCAGCCGGGAAAUCCACGGCUGCGUACGAGAAAGAGAAACAAGUCGACGAAGAGUGUAUCUACGAGUUUAACUUCAAGACUAUGGAUGAUUCAUCGGUGACUUAUAUAGAGAAAGUUGUGAACGAUGGUCAAGAGACGAUUGCAGCGAUUAGAGAAUUGGAAGAUAACCAUUCUUACGAUCUUUACAUUGUUGGAAGAGGUUACAAAGUAGAAUCACCUGUGACCGCAGGUUUGACAGAUUGGAGUAGUAGUCCGGAUUUAGGGACUAUAGGUGAUACAUUAGCUUCAUCCAACUUUACAAUGCAAGCUUCGGUUCUUGUGAUCCAGCAAUACUCAGCCGCCAAUAGACAAACUGGAGGAAACAAUCAAGAAAAUGUUGAAGGUGGUAAGGCCAAGAACGCUCAUGAAGCUAAGCCUUUUAUGAAUUCUCAUGCAGAGGAAGAUGGCGAGGAAGACGAACAGUAUCAAAUGGGAAUGCGCAAAUGACAAGACUUGUGUUUUUUAUUCCUUACUGUAUACAAAUCUUUCUGAUUAAAUUGUUACGUUUUUGUCAACUUAAUCACUUAAUCAAGAAUCCAAAAAGGAUUAUGUUACCGAGU